GUUCAGUGGCGUACGAGGCGUUGCAUCGAUCAGUUGGGUGUUAUUCGGUCGGGUUCGGCAUUUAACCGUGUGUGAUUCCGGAAUAGUUCCUGGUCCUGUCCAAGUGCAGGGAGAGCGUCGUGCCGCGCGCGGCACCUUAAUUAAUCUUCUCCGGACUAGCCGAGCCAGGCGCAUGUAGUUAUUUCGCUCGUCCACUGGAGUUAUCUGUGAUACAAGAGUCGGGACGGGUGUGUGAAGUAAAAGAAGUCGGUGCAAUCGAUGUGUAAAUAAGCAAAAUCAAGAAUACGGGGCACGUGUUCGAUGUUCGUUCACUCCUCCUGGUUGGCGUUAAUGGUUAUUGUUGAUGUUCCUUGCGGCGAUUGAUUGAGAAGAAGCUAUGGAGAUCUAAUUAGUGUAAGCAAUUAAGCCCACGGCGUAGUGUGAUCAAGUGAACGAAGAAUCAGCAUUCUGCAUUCAAGUAUCUCAAGAAGAAAAUUGUUGAAACCUAAGUGCGAAAACAUGCUCGUACCUCCGGAGAUGAUUGCCGUGCAAUCAAAGCUUAUUUAUCAGAUGAACAAGUAUUGCGCUGAUCGGGUACAGGCCCGGAAAUCUCAAAUACACAAAACAAUUCAAGAAGUGUGUCGAGUCGUUCAGGAUGUUCUCAAAGAAGUGGAAGUUCAAGAGCCUCGCUUUAUCUCCUCGCUGAACGACUAUAACGGACGGUUCGAUGGGCUGGAAGUCGUUUCGCCGACGGAGUUCGAAAUCAUAAUCUACCUCAACCAGAUGGGAGUCCUGAACUUUGUGGACGACGGCACUCUGCCGGGAUGUGCCGUUCUCAAGCUAAGUGACGGUCGAAAACGUUCCAUGUCGCUGUGGGUGGAGUUCAUCACCGCUUCCGGUUACCUUUCGGCGCGGAAAAUACGUUCCCGCUUCCAAACGCUAGUGGCUCAGGCUUGUGAUAAAUGUGCGUACCGUGAUUCCGUGAAGAUGAUUGCCGACACCACAGAAGUGAAACUGCGAAUACGGGAGCGGAUUAUAGUACAAAUUACGCCAGCGUUCAAAUGUGCCGGAUUGUGGCCGCGGUCGGCGUCCCAUUGGCCGCUACCGCAGAUACCGUGGCCGCAUCCGAACAUAGUGUCGGAGGUGAAAACCGAAGGCUUCGAUAUGCUGUCCAAGGAGUGCAUAGCGUUGCAGGGGAAGAACUCGGCGAUGGAGGGCGAUGCGUGGGUUCUUAGCUUCACCGAGGCGGAGAAUAAGUUGUUGCAAGGUGGCUGCCGGCGGCGGUGUCUCAGCAUCCUGAAAACCCUCCGCGAUCGACAUCUGGACCUGCCGGGCAACCCGGUGACCUCGUACAUCAUGAAAACCCUGCUCCUGUACGAGUGCGAGAAGCACCCGCGCGAGAUGGAGUGGGACGAGAACUGUAUGGGCGAUCGGAUCAACGGCAUCUUCCUGCAGCUGAUCUCGUGCUUGCAGUGCCGGCGCUGUCCGCACUACUUCCUACCGAAUAUGGACCUGUUCAAGGGGAAAUCGCCGGGGGCGCUGGAGAACGCCUCCAAACAGGUCUGGCGACUGACUAGGAUUAUGCUCACCAACUCGCGAUGUCUGGAGGAGUUGUAAUAAGGGUGAUUGUGUGGGGUGGGAGAUAAAGGGGAAAUUGAGAGCGAGUGUUUCGUACUAGUUAAUGGCAAAAGUCCUCUAAAUUAUUCGACUUCAGAAAACUACUCAGUAUACUUGUAUUAUUGUGUAUGAAUCGUAAAAACUAUAAUCAGUAAACGAACGCAUAAAAUUAUUAACUUAUGUCUAACCAAUUGAGAAAUCGACGUAUACCUACUGUAGCAUGUAAGCAACAAAUGAAAUCAGUUUUAAGUAGAAGACAAAUUCACUGAAAAAUCAAAAUUCUCAUGAAAAAUACAGCAAUUUUAAUCUAAACAUA